AUGAGAGCCACACGCUGGUGGCGCUAUGCGGGGGUGUUUGGCGGCCUUUGCGCACGCACCCUUCCCCGUCUGCAGGAUUUCACAGCUUUGAAUAGCCUGAAUGAGAGCGUUGUGGAGCUGCGCCGCAAGCUUCAGUCACAGCUGCAUCAGAAAAUGCCGCGCAUGCAGACGGUGGAGACGGAGAGUCGCCUCAUCGCGCAGCUCUCCCGCAGCGCCCUGGCCGAGGAGCGGGCGGAGGCGCUGGAGAUGGGCGAGGCUAUGUGGGCGGAGCUUCAUGACGUGGGCUCUUCCAUCCCAUUUGGGUCCCGCACGGCGAUGAAGAUCACGCUGUGCUCUUCGCUGCGUCGCUGCGCGCUAGUGAGCAAGAAUCGAGAGCUGGCCGAAACCUGGACCGCGCGCUUUGCCGAGCGGGCAGCGACCCUCUCACCGGCGGACUUCAAGGAACAGACCUCUACGGCGGGCAAGGUUCCCGGGUGGCGGGAGGCGCGCACGCAGGCGCGCCCUGGCACGGGGAUUGACGCAGACGAUCUCGAGGCCGACGCCAGGGAGGAGGCCGAGGCGGCCGCGAAGGAGGGGGACGGCGGCCAACGGGCCAGAGGAAAGGAACCUUCCCCUUUUGAGCAGUAUAGGCAGGAAAAGAUGUUAGAGCACCCCGCGGUAGAGCUGGCCUUUCGCCGACGUGCCGGGCCGGGCCCCCGGUACACGGGGUGA